AUGAAGAAUUUUUCAGUUCCUGUGCAAGCUAAUGAAUAUCAGACUGAAAAUCUUUUUCCUCAGCUUGUCUUGAAUUUGACAAAUAAGUCAGAUCCAGUUGGAAGACCAGAAAGAGAUGAGCAAUUAGCUCAGCUAGAGAUUGCUGUGUUGGGAGUAAUAUUUAUGACAGCAUCUGUGGGCAAUUUUAUUCUCAUACUGGUAUUGUGGAAGAGGAGAAAGAAGUUGUCUAGGAUGUAUGUAUUCAUGCUUCACCUGAGCAUAGCGGACUUAGUGGUAGCAUUUUUUCAAGUCCUUCCCCAACUAAUAUGGGAUAUUACAGACGUUUUCAUAGGGCCAGAUGCAUUGUGCAGAACUAUCAAAUAUUUGCAGUUGUUGGGCAUGUUUGCCUCUACAUAUAUGAUAGUGGUCAUGACAGUGGACAGAUAUCAAGCAGUAUGCUAUCCCUUGGUCACUUUCCAAAAGAAAAGGGCUCUUUGGAAUGCUGCCAUUUGCACCAGCUGGUCUAUAUCACUGAUUUUUAGUCUUCCACAAGUAUUUAUCUUUUCUAAGACUGAAAUAUCUCCAGAUAUUUUUGAAUGCUGGGGUGAGUUCAUCCAACCUUGGGGCUUAAAGGUAUAUGUGACUUGGAUUUUUGUAGCUAUUUUCUUCAUUCCCACAGUUAUCCUUACUAUUUGCCAAGUUAAGAUCUGCAAAUUAAUACAAAUGAACAUACAGGUGAAAAAAAGGAAUGAAUUUGAAGCAAUAAAUCAGAAGCAAGUCCUGCCAUGCCAAGCAAGCAGUAUUAACUGUAUUUCAAAGGCUAUGAUCAAGACUGUAAAAAUGACAGUGGUGACAGUUAUUGCAUAUGUCCUGUGUUGGACACCUUUCUUCAUUGUACAGUUGUGGUCUGUAUGGUACCCCAGUGGUGUUACUGAAGGUGCAGCAUUUACCAUCAUCAUGCUCCUGGGUAAUUUGAAUAGUUGUGCCAAUCCAUGGAUUUACAUGUAUUUUUGUGGCCACAUUCCAUAUUGUGCCAAAAAGAAGUCAAAAAACAUCUCAGCUCAUGAAAAAUCUGGGAUCACAGGAAGCAUUAAUUUGGUAGACAGGGAACCAGAAGAAAACCUAACUUGUUUAUAAAUGUAAACUUCUUUUUGUUGCUUUGAUACAUUAAUUACAUUCACAUUUUUUGGGAAUAUUUUAUCCCUAUCCUUUGUUAUCUAAGGAGUGGAGUGAGUUGAAAAAUUGUCCUUCAUGGUAUAAAUAUAUUUUUCUUAAAUAUUGUAGCAUA